AUGGCCGAGGAGCCGGAGCCGCAGGGCGCCCCCUCCCCAUCGGCCUCUCAGCGAUUCCGCCGGGGAGAAGGUGUGGGGCGAGCCCCCGGCGCGCACAGUGUUUUACCAUCACACUCACUAUCUGAAAUAUUCAACAUGGCCCGAGGGGCCGGGGGUCCCCCUUUUCUGGGUCGGGAGCGAGGGCCCUGUUGGAGGGGAAUUGUGACGGAUGGGGAGGGGAAAGGAGGGCGCUGCUGGGGGCCCCCGGAGGCUGGAUUUGGGGCCGCCUGGGCGGUCCUGCUCCGAGGGGCCAGACCUGACUCGCGGGGCUUGCAGGCCAGCACCUGGGUCCCGGGGACCCGGAAACACCUUCAGAUCCCGAGGAUUCUAUACUUUCUUUUGAACAUUUAUAAUAAAUAUUUGCUCUGGUUCUGGAGCCCAGGACUGCUGGAGGUGCAAGUGACAAGUCUUGCAAGUGGCCUUAUUCCAACUCCAGCAAUUCCCCAACAGAACUUAGAGAGUCUGAUUAUAUACAGUCAGUCUCAAGUGACAGGAAACAUGCCAACUCAGUCCCUCUUAGUGUACAUGGAUGGACCAGAAGUGAUGGGCAAUUCUCUUGGCACCCAGAUGGAGAUAGAGGAUGCCAUGUCAAUAAAAGGGACUGCUGCUGUUCCCUUCAGAGCUCCGCAAGAAAAAAAUGUCAUCCAGAUCGAGGGGUACACGCCCUUGGACUGCAUGUUCUGCAGUCAGACCUUCACACAUUCAGAAGACCUUAACAAGCAUGUCUUAAUGCAGCAUCGGCCCACCCUGUGUGAACCAGCAGUUCUGCGGGUCGAAGCAGAGUAUCUCAGUCCUCUUGAUAAGAGUCAAGUGCGGGCAGAACCUCCAAAGGACAAGAAUUGCAAGGAGAACGAAGACUUUAGCUGUGAGGUGUGUGGGCAGACAUUUAGAGUCGCUUUUGAUGUUGAGAUCCACAUGAAGAAACACAAGGACUCUUUCACAUACGGGUGUAACAUGUGCGGAAGAAGAUUUAAGGAGCCGUGGUUUCUUAAGAAUCACAUGCGGACACAUAAUGGCAAAUCCGGAUCCAGGAGCAAAUUGCAGCAAGGCUUGGACAGUCCAGCGACCAUCAACGAGGUGGUGCAGGUGCACGCGGCUGAGAGCAUCUCAUCUCCUUACAAAAUAUGCAUGGUUUGUGGCUUCCUAUUUCCAAAUAAAGAAAGUCUAAUUGAGCACAGCAAGAUGCACACAAAAAAAUCUGCUUCCGGUACCAGCAGCACACAGACAGACUCUCAGCCCGAGGGAAUGCCAUCUCCGAGGGAGGAGUUCCUGCAAUUUUUAAACCUAAGACCCAAGUCUCAUCCUGAAACCGUGAAGAAGCUUGUGAAGCGGAUCCCCCAGCUGGACCCGUUCACCACCUACCAGGCUUGGCAGUUGGCCACCAAAGGAAAAGUUGCUGUUGGCCAAGAAGAAGUGAAGGAAUCGGGGCAGGAAGGAAGCACCGACAAUGAUGACUCCAGUUCGGAUAAGGAACUUGGAGAAAUUUGGAGCGCCAGUAAAAGCCAUUCGGAAGGUUCUGGAAAGUCCAAAACAAAUAAAAACAGUUGUACAGGCAUCUCGCAAGAUAAAGAGAAGUCCCGACACUCCAAUGGUGAAGUGCCUUCUGGGGACGCGGACCCCAAGUUGUCCGGCAACAAAGAGAAGCCGACACACUGCUCUGAGUGUGGCAAGGCUUUCCGAACCUACCACCAGCUGGUCUUGCACUCCAGGGUCCACAAGAAGGACCGGCGAGUGGAUGUGGAGUCGCCCACCACGUCGGUCGAUGGAAGGCAGCCUGGGACGUGCUCUCCGGACCUUGCCACGCCUCUGGAUGAAAAUGGGGCCGUGGAUCGAGGGGAAGGUGGUUCUGAAGAUGGAUCUGAGGAUGGGCUUCCUGAAGGGCUCCACUUGGAUAAAAAUGAUGAUGGAGGAAAAAUAAAGCAUCUUACAUCCUCAAGAGAGUGUAGUUAUUGUGGAAAGUUUUUCCGUUCAAAUUAUUACCUCAAUAUUCAUCUCAGAACGCACACAGGUGAAAAACCAUACAAAUGUGAAUUUUGUGACUAUGCUGCAGCCCAGAAAACAUCCCUGAGGUAUCACCUGGAGAGACAUCACAAGGAUAAGCAGAUCGAUGCUGCUGCUGAAGCCAAGAAUGACGGCAAAAGUCAGGACCCGGAAGAUGUACUAUUAGCUGCCGACAGUGCGCAGACCAAAAAUUUGAAAAGAUUUUUUGAUGGUGCCAAAGAUGUAAAGGGCAGUCCACCUGCAAAGCAGCUGAAGGAGAUGCCUUCUGUGUUUCAGAAUGUUCUGGGCAGUGCUGUCCUCUCACCAGCACACAAAGAUACUCAGGAUUUCCAUAAAAAUGCAGCCGAUGACACUGCGGAGAAGGUGAACAAAAAUACUACCCCUGCUUUCCUGGACAUGUUAAAAAAGAGACCGGCGAUUGAACCUCAGACAAAUCACCUCAUCUGUAAAACCGAAGCGGCUGUCACUCCUCCUCCUGACGGCAGUGCCACCCCUAACGCUGACAUCAACUCCAAAGAGAAGAAAACCGAGAUUGCAGCAGACUGCAAAUACAAGCCGAGCCCCGAUUGUCUUGAGAAACCUUUAAACUUGUCCCUUGGGGCUCUUCACAGUUGUCCGGCCAUUUCUUUGAGUAAAAGUUUAAUGCCAAGUAUCACCUGCCCGUUUUGUACCUUCAAGACAUUUUAUCCAGAAGUUUUAAUGAUGCACCAGAGACUAGAACAUAAAUACAAUCCCGACAUUCAUAAAAACUGUCGCAGCAAAUCUCUGCUUAGAAGCAGGCGCACUGGAUGCCCACCAGCCUUGCUGGGAAAAGAUGUGCCUCCCCUGUCUAGUCUCCACAAACCCAAGCCCAAGUCUGCCUUCCCAGUGCAGUCCAAGUCCCUGCCGUCGGAGAAGGUAAAACAGAGCCCACUUGGGCCAGGCAAGGCCCCUCUGGCUUCAGGAAUGGACUCGAGCACUUUAGCCCCAAGCAACCUGAAGUCCCAUCGGCUACCGCAGGGCAUCGGGGGCCAGGGUGCUGCCACUGCCAGACAGCAGCAGUCUGAGAUGUUUUCUAAAGCCAGUGUUUCUCCCGCACCGGAUAAAACAAAAAGACCCGAGACAAAGUUAAAGCCUCUCAUGGUAGCCGCUCCUCAGCCCGCCCUCGGCAGCAGUAAUGUCAAUGGCGCCUUUGACUACCCUCCGAAGAACGACAGCCCGUGGGCCCCUCCAGGAAGAGAUUACUUUUGUAAUCGGAAUACGAGCAAUGCCACAGCAGAAUUUGGAGAGCCCCUUCCAAAAAGACUGAAGUCUGGUUUGGUCACUCUUGACGUCGACCAGCCUGGGCCCAACUACCGCAGAGGCUACGACCUCCCCAAGUACCACGUGGUCCGAGGCAUCACGUCGUUGCUGCCUCCAGAGUGUGUGUGCCCCUCGCCAAUAUUGCCCCCCAAAGCCAGGUUCCUGAGCUCCGGUGAGGUGGAUGCUCCCAGCAUGCUGACUGUCCAGAAGCCCUAUGGUGGUGGCGCUGGGCCAUUGUUCACAUGUGGACCCGCCAGCAGUCCAGCAUCCAGUUCAGCGCUAGAAGGUCUUGAUGGAUAUAAGUGCAUUCUCUCCAUAAAACUAAAUUUGAGUUCAUCCCUUGAAAGCGAAUGGUGAAAGCUACUGAAAUAAGCUGUGAUGUACUGUAUACACAACGGACGAGGAACAUGCUGGGAACACUACAGUUGUGUAAAGUUGUUCUGUUAACUUUUGUACCAAAUAGCAAUAAAAACUAGUUGAAACAGUUGGGUUGUACACAGAUGGGGACUGGAAAUCUCUAUUUUGUCCCCAGAUAAUAUUUUUUUUAGAAUUGACCAAAUAAGAAAUGGGAUUUUUGCAUACUUGAGCGCUGCUGAAAAGAAAUCAUUUGGGUUGGGGGGUGGGAUGGGGAGAAGUAUACUGCUUGCACCUCAGGUAAAACUCUGUAAAUACCUAAGUUGUAAACCUGCUUGUUCAGACACUGUGUAUAUUCUUUUUCUCUA